GGACUUCAAACAUUUUCAGAAAAGAGGAGAAGAGGCAUUGACAGCCAAAGAUGUAUACAAAAUGUUUUACUCUAAUUAUGGUGGUAGCUUUUGCAGUAAUUGUAGCCUUGGUGUGUGUGCUGCUGCUAGGUUCUAAAACAAAGACUUGUAACUUUGAAAGUCUGAAUCCUCCUCUAAUGAAACACGAUGACCAGAGCUUGGUAUUUGCAGAUUUGACACCUCAUGAAAUUACAGAAGUGGUAGAUUACCUGAAUAGGAACCUCAAGGUGAAUUUAGUGAGCAUCUCCAAAGCUAAUCCUGAUUCCAACAGCAUAUAUUCAGUGGAAUUGCAACUUCCCAAGAAACAAGAUGUUUUGUUAUAUUUAGAUCACGGCAAUCCAAAACCUCCGAGAGAGGCUUUGGUGGUUGUUUAUUUUGGAAACAAUAAGGAUCCUGAAAUUAAAGAAUUUGUGGUGGGACCUCUCCCCAACCCAACUAACUUUAAAGAUGUUACUCAAGAGAAAUACAAAAGCAAACUUCCUUAUUACCGUCGGCCAGUAAUAGGCAAUGAGUAUGGUCAGGUGCACACCUAUAUGUUGAAAAAGGAGUUUCCAAAUGCACCAACGUUCCUAAAUGACAUUUUUAAUUAUGAUUACUCCGAUGCUAACUUUUUAUCUGCUUUGACUUCAGCCCCUCGAGGCUUUAAAUCUGGAGACAGAAGUACCUGGUAUGCUCUUUUCUUUAACAUACCAGGCAGUGGUUACUAUGUGCAUCCAAUAGGAUUGGAAUUUUUGAUGAAUCAUAAGAACCUUAAUGUAAGUAAAUGGAAUGUAGAGCAAAUUUUUUAUAAUGGGCAAUUCUUUAAAACUUUUGCUGAAUUGGAGGGCAAAUACUUAAAAGGUGAAGUAAAAAUAGUAAAAAUGAAAAAGCCUGGCCCUGAAGAAAAUAUUGCUUCUCUGAAACCCACCAAAAGUACUGUGACUGAUAUACCCAUGCAAUAUGAGCCGAAAGGUCCACGUUACAGUGUAAAAAAGAACCAGGUUUUAUACCAGCACUGGAGUUUAGCUUUUGGAGUCAAUGUAAAUUCAGGUCUUAGGUUAUUUGAUAUUAAAUUCAAGGGAGAGAGAAUAGUUUAUGAACUGAGUAUCCAAGAAGCCAUUUCAGUAUAUGGUUCCAAUGCCCCAGCAGGGAUGUUAACAAGAUACAUGGAUGGCAGCUUUGGGAUCGGCCGUUUUGUCUAUCAGCUUGUGCGUGGCAUUGACUGUCCAUACUCUGCUAAAUAUAUAGACACCUAUCACAUGCUUGACUCUGACACCUGGGUACAAAACAAAGACUCCAUUUGCGUUUUUGAACUAAACUCUGGCCUUCCUUUGAGGCGUCAUUUUUCAAGCUUAGAAUCAUUUUAUUAUGGGGGCUUGGCCAACACUGUUCUGGUUAUAAGAGCCAUUUCUACUCUAGGAAACUAUGAUUAUGUGUUUGAUUUCAUAUUUUAUCAAAAUGGUGCUAUUGAGACCAAAGUCCAUGCAACAGGCUAUAUCAGCUCAUCUUUCUAUAUGGAAGGGGGAACAGAUUAUGGUAAUAGAGUGGGACCACAUACGUUGGGGACCAUCCAUACUCACUUCAUCAAUUACAAAGUGGACCUUGAUGUUGGAGGAACCAAUAACUCACUGGUUGCCCAUGAUAUGGAGUUUGAGCCCUUUACUGUUCCAUGGAAUCCAGAAAUGCAAAUACAAAGGACAAAGCUCACCAGGAAAACGUUGGACUCUGAAAAUGAGGCAGCUUUUGAGUUACAUUCCAGUAUGCCUCGAUACAUGCAAUUUGCUAGCAAUAAGAAGAACAAAUGGGGCCAUGAGAGGUCCUACAGAAUCCAGAUGGUCAGCUUUGCUGGGGACUUUCUGCCAGAGGCCAGUUCAGUUCACAACUCAAUGAACUGGGCCAAGUACAAGCUGGCAGUCACAAAGCGCAAAGAUGAGGAGCCUCAAAGCAGCAGCAUCUACAACCAAAAUGACCCCUGGUCCCCAACUGUCAAAUUUUCUAGCUUCAUCGAUAAUGAAAGUAUCAAAGAUCAGGAUCUGGUAGCCUGGAUAACAGCUGGGUUCCUGCACAUCCCCCAUUCAGAAGAUAUUCCCAACACGGUUACUGCAGGAAAUGGAGUGGGCUUUUACCUAAGACCCUAUAAUUACUUCAAUGAAGACCCUUCAGUUCACUCUCAUGAUGCUGUUUAUUUCCAGCCCCACGAUAAAUACAACUCAUGUAGUGUCAACCCAUUGGCAUGCCUGGCUAACACUGCCUCAUGUUCCCCUGGUAUACCUCCAUUUACCUAUAAUGGAUUUGACAACCAUCUUAUAGUUAUUUCAUAGAUUUGACUCUUCUCUGCAAUGUGAAUUGUGGACUUUCUAAAGGGACAGUAAAGUCAAAUGUAAACUUUCAGACAGAACAUGCAGUUUUAAACAACUUUCCUAUUAUCUAAUGUGCUUAAUGCUCAUGGUACCUUUUGUUAAAAAGCAUACCUGGGUAGCCUAAGGAACAGCACUGUACUACUGGGAGCUAGCUGGUCAUUGAUGCCUGCACAUAUAUGUCUCUUGUCAUUGACUCACCCAAUGUGUUCAACUAGUUCCCAGUAGUGCAUUGCUAUUCCUUUAACAUUGGAUGCCAAGAGAGCAAAGCAAAUUUGAUCAUAGAAGUAAAUUGGGCCUAGAUUUGGAGUUUGGCGGUAGCCGUGAAAACCAGUGUUAGAGGCUCCUAACGCUGGUUUUAGGCUAACUCCGGUAUUUGGAGUCACUCAAAAUAGGGUCUAACGCUCACUUUUCAGCGGCGACUUUUCCAUACCGCAGAUCCCCUUACGUAAAUUGUGUGUCCUAUCUUUUCAAUGGGAUUUUUCUAACUCCGGUAUUUAGAGUCGUGUCUGAAGUGAGCGUUAGACAUCUAACGACAAAACUCCAGCCGCAGGAAAAAAGUCAGUAGUUAAGAGCUUUCUGGGCUAACGCCGGUUUAUAAAGCUCUUAACUACUGUGCUCUAAAGUACACUAACACCCAUAAACUACCUAUGUACCCCUAAACUGAGGUCCCUCCACAUCGCCGCAACUCGAUUACAUUUUUUAACCCCUAAUCUGCCGACCGCCACCUACGUUAUCCUUAUGUACCCCUAAUCUGCUGCCCCUAACACCGCCGACCCCUGUAUUAUAUUUAUUAACCCCUAACCUGCCCCCCACAACGUCGCCUCCACCUACCUACACUUAUUAACCCCUAAUCUGCUGACCGGACCUCACGGC